AUAUUACGCAUAAAAUGAAGACACCACCGACUCUUCUUACUAAUUUGUUUUUCAGAUAAAUAAAAAAAUAUUGAGAUAAAAUAUGUAGUGUCGUGUUUUUUCUUGGCUCAUUAUAAGUGGAACCUGCGUGUCACUAAAUUUUCUUGGCAUCUUGUAGAGAAAACUUGACUCCUGGAGGUUUCUUAUAUGUGUCAGUAGGAUUUCACAGCUACAUGUAUGGUUGGAAGAAUUUUGGGUUUCUUUUCGAGGGCUAAAAACUUGAAAAAAUAACAUCUUUAUUUCUUUUUCUAAGGACUGAAGUGGGUUUUGAAAUUGGUGAAGUGUGAGAUGCAAGCAAAUGUUUGUACUCCUAAAUGGGUUUGAAGGAAUAUUGAAACUUUUUUCUGGGUUUGUCGAGUAUUCGUUUGUAGUGUUGUGCUUGUAGUCGUAGAGACGGUUGGUUAUCUUCAAUUGAAAGUCAUAAUCAUAUAGUCUGAUGGGUAUCAAUUGAUUUAUUAGUUCUUUGAUUCACAGAUGGAAAGAACAAGUUAGCAGCUUUUCUAUAGAUCAUCCAGUAUAUGCUUCAUUGAGUUUUCAUGGAAUAAUUAGCUUCUAAUGUGGUCCUGCUGAGCUCCAAUGGUGGACCUUCUCUGAAAUUUGUUGUAGACCCAUUAAUUAUCUGCUACUGGUCCUGUUCAUGCUUCAAAUGGAAAAAUCAAUCCCCUUUUCAGCAUUUUCAGUUCUUAUGUUCAUUUCAAUUUUGAUCAGUCAAUCAGAGCAAUUACCAUCCUCACAAGGUCAGACCCUAUUAAGAAUUCAGAGGAUUUUGAAUUUUCCAGCAGGUCUAAGUAGCUGGAAUAGCAUUACAGAUUUCUGUAAGACAGAACCAAAUUCAUCCGUCACUGUUGUGUGUUAUGAGGAGAGCAUAACACAGCUGCAUAUUGUUGGUGAGAAGGGAGCACCUAUGUUGCCUAAGAAUUUUUCCAUGGAUUCUUUUGUAACAACACUGGUUAAGCUUCCACACUUGAAAGUCCUCUCAUUGGUCUCUCUAGGUUUAUGGGGUCCAUUGCCGGGUAAAAUCUCGCGUUUCUCUUCGAUUGAGAUACUCAACAUGAGUUCUAACCUCUUAUAUGGUGGCAUACCUCAAGAGCUUUCCUCCUUAAGUAGCCUCCAAACCCUUAUACUAGAUGCUAACAUGUUUUCGGGCCGAUUACCAGAUUGGCUUGGUUCCCUUCCUGGUUUGACUGUCCUGAGUUUGAGGCAAAACAUGUUCAAUGGUUCGUUGCCGGACUCGUUUAGUAAUUUGGAGAAUCUUAGAGUUCUUGCACUUUCACAUAACUACUUAUAUGGGGAAGUACCGGAUUUUAGCAGUUUGACGAACCUUCAAGUACUUGACUUGGAAGACAAUAAUUUUGGACCAAAAUUUCCUCAGCUUGACAACAAAUUGGUUACUCUUGUACUGAGCAAUAACAAGUUCAGGUCAGGCAUUCCAGCCGAAAUGAGCUCCUUUUAUCAGCUUCAAAGGCUGGAUCUUUCGAACAAUAACUUUGUCGGGCCAUUUCAAACAUCAUUGCUGUCCCUUCCAUCUAUCACAUACUUGAACAUUUCCGAAAACAAAUUCACUGGAAUGCUUUUUAAAAAUUUAUCUUGCAAUGCUGCUCUUGAAUCUGUUGAUUUCUCUUUGAAUCUUUUGACUGGAAACCUACCAAGUUGUCUUCUGUCGCGUUCUGAAAAGAGGGUGGUCAAGUAUUCUAGAAAUUGUCUAGCAACUGGUGAUCAAAAUCAGAACCCGCUUUCCUUAUGCCAUAAUGAAGCUUUAGCUGCUGGAAUCUUACCGCCGAGAAACAAACAGAAGGGAGCUUCUAAAGCAGUUCUAGCCUGUGGUAUAAUCGGAGGGAUUUUCGGAGGAAUUGCACUUGUUGGUAUGAUUUUCUUGGUUAUUAGAAGAGCAAGUGCUAGGAAGAUAAUCAAGAAACCUGUGACAAGACUGAUUGCAGAGAGUGCAUCCACUAGUUACAUUCCAAAGAUGGUUUCGGAUGCAAGGUAUAUAUCUCAAUCAGUGAAGCUGGGAGCACUUGGUGUUCCAGGUUAUCGAACCUUUUCAUUAGAAGAGCUGGAGGAGGCUACAGAAAACUUUGACACAUCUGCCUUCAUGGGUGACGGUUCUCAGGGACAAAUGUACAGAGGCCAUCUUAAAGAUGGUUCCUUUGUCGCCAUCAGAUGCUUAAAACUGAAAAGGAGCCACAGCACUCAAAACUUUAUGCACCACAUAGAGCUAAUUUCCAAGCUCAGACAUCGGCAUUUGGUCAGCGCAAUUGGACAUUGCUUUGAGUGCUAUUAUGAGGAUUCAAGUGUCAGCAGAAUUUUUCUUGUGUUUGAAUAUGUACCGAAUGGCACAUUAAGGACCUGGCUCUCUGGGGAGCGUGUCCGACAACCGCUUACUUGGGCACAACGUAUAGCAGCUGCAAUAGGGGUAGCAAAGGGCAUACAGUUUUUGCAUACAGGAAUUGUGCCUGGUAUAUACUCAAAUAAUCUGAAAAUAACAGAUAUUCUAUUGGAUCAUAAUCUUGUCGCGAAGAUAAGUAGUUACAAUCUACCAUUGUUAGCGCAAAGUGCCUGGAAGGUUGAUCAAGGAGCUUCUGCCUCCGCUACAUCAAAAGAUGCUAACAACAGUGCUAGGGCAAAGUAUGAAGAUAAGAUUGAUGUUUAUGAUUUUGGAGUGAUACUGUUAGAAAUCAUAGUUGGUAAACCGAUGAAUUCGAGGAAUGAAGUAGAUGUUCUAAAAGACCUGUUAAAAGCAAGCAUCACAGCUGACAAAGCGACUCGAAGGAGCAUAAUUGAUCCAACAAUUCAAAGAGGAUGCUUAGAUCAAUCCUUAAAGACAACAAUGGAGAUUUGUAUGAGGUGUCUGCUUAAGAAUCCAGCAGAUAGACCUUCCAUUGAGGAUUUGUUGUGGAACUUGCAGUUUGCUGCACAAGUUGGAGAUUCUAUGAGCGGUGAAGGGUCUCCCAUCUCACCUUCGCUACCUCCACACCUACAACUCACAUUCCAUUAGCAGCAAAGCUUUCGGGUCUUCACGCUGUCAUUUCUCUCUCUCGCAAUUUAAUCUCGUUGUACAAUCAUGUUUAAUGAUGUUAAGUUACGGCUUCAGUCGAUUAUAACAAGUACAAAACAUCUUCUAGGGUUUUCAAGCAAAUCGCUGUAACCCCUCUGCAAUUUAUGUGUUUUGCCCUUGCAGUGUAUAUUACCUUAUCUUCAA